AUGGCAAACGACUUUAUCCACCAAAUGAAGAGCCGCCGGCGUUCGUCACAGGUCAUGAAGUCACCCAACCCCGUUCUGACUGCUGAGGACGAGGCCUUUUUGCAGCAAGUCACCGCGCAGCCAGAGUCGCCGCGAUCUCCACUGGUGGUGGAUGACGGAGCUGCGAAUAUCCCGCUGCCCGCAUCGCCUGCCGACGAACUUGGAAAACAGCUAGGAGAAGAGGCGCGUGAGAAGUCCAAGGAUGAAGCGUCGAAAGCUGAGCCGGCGAGUCAAUCAAAUGUGAAGGCGCCAGAGAAGAAGAAAAAGAAUAGAUGGAGUGCUAUUUUCACCAGGAAGAGUUCAGACUCGAACAAGGGUAAACAAGCAAUCAAAUCAGAUAAGACGCAAUCAUCUCAAACCAACAACGAUAUGUCGACCAAUAAUACUCAGGAUACCCAGCAAGAUACAGAGGAUAUAACGGACAUUCUGGACCGGCUCAACCUAGCCGCCGACAACAACCGGGUCUUCUCGAUCAGCGACGAGACCCAAGAAUUGUUGCGCAAAUUCAAGCUGAUCUUUAGAGACAUGGUCAAUGGGGUCCCCACAGCUUAUCGUGACCUCGAGAGUCUCUUGACAAACGGCAACCGCCAGCUCCAGGACACCUAUUCGAAGCUGCCCGGGUUUUUACAGAAGCUGAUCGAGAAGCUUCCCGAGCGAUGGACCGAGACCCUUGCACCGGAAAUGCUUGCAGCGGCCGGUGCGCGAGCUAGUGCAAGCGGUGUCAACCUGGAAAAUGUGGGCAAGGCAGCUGCCGCUGCCCAGAAGAUCGGUAUCGAUGUCCCGAGUUUGAAGGAUCUGGUGGCUAAGCCGACUGCCCUGGUGGGGAUGCUCCGGUCCAUUAUGGCGUUUCUACGUGCUCGAUUCCCGGCCGUGAUUGGCAUGAAUGUGAUGUGGUCAUUGGCAUUAUUCAUUCUACUGUUUGUGCUCUGGUACUGCCACAAGCGCGGCCGUGAAGUCCGCCUUGAAAACGAACGGCUGGUGACCGAGGAAGAGAUCAACAAACUCAACCAGGACGCCUCGGAAGGCAAAAUUCGGCCAACCGAGACCCUUAUCACGACUGCACCUCCAGGCGCCUCGAGCGACGAGGUGCGCCAGGGGGUCAAAAACGUCGAGGAAGCGCGUGCUUCGGCCGCCACCGAGCCCGAUGUCUCGGAGCCGCCGGAGAGUGCGCAGGGAAGGACUGUUGAUGGCAAUCAGAGCCCGGCCCCAACACCAUCCCGCUCCAAGUCACGUCUCUCGAUCUUCUCUCGGUCCAAAUCCCAGUCGACGCAGGAUGUUGCUCCUUAUCCGGGCACUUGA